AUGAAAUGUGGAUAUAUUUUAGUAUAUGGAUUUUUAGCAAAUUUUUUUGCUCCUGUUUUGACAACACAGACGCAACCGAUUGAAAAUUCUAUUAACAUCUCAUCAGAUGUUCCAACAGUUGAAGUGAAAAAUGGUACUUUAAUUGGCAGUUAUCUUCCUAACUUCGAUCAAGAUGUAUUUUUAGGAAUUCCUUAUGCUCAACCGCCAAUAGGCGACUUGAGAUUUAUGAACCCGCAAUCACUCAACUCAACAUUUCCUACUAAGGGUCUAGAAGUUACAGAAUAUUCAGACGUAUGUAUGAAUGACGGUGCGUUUGGCGAUAGUUCUGGUUUACCUUCCUCUGAGGACUGUCUCACACUCAACAUCAUAAAGCCUAGUCGAAAUCCCGAUUAUCCUUUGCCUGUCGUUUUGUGGAUACAUGGUGGAGGCUUUUCUGAUGGUAGCAGCAGACGUGAUGUUUAUAAUUUGUCUUACAUUGUUGAAAAUGGGGUUGAAAUGGGCAAACCAUUUAUUGGAGUAAGUUUGAAUUAUAGAUUGGGAGGUUUUGGGUUCUUGAAAAGUGACGAGGUUUUGAAAAGCGGAAACACCAAUGUUGGUUUGCGUGAUCAAUUGAAAGCAAUUGAAUGGUUACAUGAAAAUAUCGAAAGCUUUGGAGGGGAUCCUAACCAUAUAGUAAUAUGGGGUGAAAGUGCUGGGGCCUAUAGCGUAGGAUUGCUAUUACUUUCAGGUAAGAUUGGCACAUAUAUCAAAGGGGCUAUUAUGGAAAGCGGUUCAGGGAGAAUGUCAGGAGUUCACUCCGAUGUUGACUCUGAAGCUGAUGAAGUUGCUUUUCGCAAUAUAACAAAAUUUUUCAACUGUACAGAUAAAAACGCGUUAAGCUGUUUGAAGAAAAUAGAAGCAUCAAGUCUAAAUGAGGUCUUUUCUGGAAAAACCAAGGUCCUAGAUACAGCCAUUAAUCCGUAUCCAUUUGUAGAUGGUGAUUUUAUAUCUUAUUUUUCUUCCGUAAAGAUGAAUCAUCCUUUCUUUAUUCCGGAAAUUCCUAUAAUAAUAGGUACAAAUACAGCAGAAGGAACAUCUUUUGCACCAAAAGGAUUGAACACUUCAAACCAGGCGAAAACUUACUUACUGGAGACAUAUCCUCUUUUGAGGAAUUCAUCGAUUAAAAAGUUGUGUGAAUUAUAUACAGGAAACUUUACUCUGGAUCUCUAUGGUUCAGAAAACGUAACAAUUCCUAGCUCUUUUGGUUCACAGUUUACUAGGCUUGCAUCCAUAAUUGGUGAUUUUAAGUUUAUUGCUCAGAGUAGGGCAUUUGCUAGGAGCUGGGCAAGCCGUCAUAUUAAAGUAUACAAAUAUAGGUGGAACGUAGCAGAUAAUGACGUUGAACAAGCGAUAGGUGCAACUCAUUUCCAAGAGGUGGUUUACGUUUUCGACAAUCCAUCAAAAAAAUUCGUGACUGCAGCGCCCUGGAAUAAAGAUAAAUCAAGUCCGGAUUUAGCAAAGCUAAUUAGUAAACAAUGGAUUUCCUUUAUUACUACACUAGAUCCUAAUAAUCAUGGUAUUCAGAAUAUUCCUGAAUGGAAAGUUUUUUCAAAGAGUCAGGAGAGAAAUUUUGUUUUUGAGCUCAAUAAUAAGUCACAUAUGGAAGAAGAUGGAUUCAGAAAAGAAGCUAUUAACUAUGUUAUUGGUUUGGGAACUCAAAUUGGAGUUUGA